AUCAAUUGAUUCAAUACAUCAAAUGAUAAUACACUGAUUGUUUGAAGAAUCACAACUUCAAUUUGCUUAUUUGGAGAUUGUGAUGUGGUGAUUGAAUACCCACAAGGCCCACUAGUUUAAUUCCCUCUUCUGGCCCACCUGUCCCACCCACCAAGCCCACGAUCGCGGCCCAUCACCGUCCAUCCCCAGCUCCCACAACCCGUCGCCUUGCUCCUUCUCGCCCACUGCUGCAAUUUCACCGCCGACCAACCUCUGUUCGCCCGCCUCUUUCUACAACGCAAAUUCGUUUCUCGCGGUGAGUCUACUUUGUGGUGGCUUGUUUUAUAUUCAUGGUGGAGCCUCAAAAUCAGACUCUUCAUGUUUGUUCGCUGGAAAAAAGAUGUACUAGAAGACCAAGUCAGCUGUGGAUGGAGGACUGGUUCGCCUCUGGAUAUUGUUCACCGAUGACCCAGUGACUUGAGCCAAGUUGAAGGGGGGGCUGAGGUGGGUCUGGAAAUCUUGCGGAUGUCUGCCAGAGUGCUGCGGAUUGCCAGCCAUUUUAAGGUGCACCCAUUGUCAAUUCACUCACCUAGGCCACUUGACUUCCAUUUUGCGCGGCUUCAUUCUUCUAGCUUGCAUUACCUCCAUCAGUUCUGCCCUUCUUCCCCUUGCUCCGGUGCGCAUCCUUUGAACUCGAACGAAUGCCGGAUAUUAGUUGUCGGACUGUCUAGAUUGAUAAAGAGCAAGAAAGGAUUCGUCUUGAAGGCAUUUUCUCUCAAGUUUUCCCCUUACUUCCUAGUGAAGACCAUGAAACUGUUGGAAUCCCGUGAAGCCGCAUUUGCACUCUUCAAACUUGCGUUUCAGAAUGAUAAUUCUCAGGAUACAGUUGAGUCCUGCUGCAUUGCGGCCCACGCCUUGGCUGCAGAGAAUUUCAGGUGUCUUGCACAGGAUGUUGUUUCGUGGGUGUUUAGGAGAAUCGGGUCUCAGAGGAGUAGAGACUUGGUGGAUUUUAUGUGGGGCAAACACAGUGAAUAUGAAUCUGAUUUCUCAGUUCUUGACACUAUCAUGCGCAGUUUCUUGAAUGCAAAUAUGGGUUAUGAGGCGCUUGACAUUUUAGGCAGGAUGAGGGAGGCAGGAGUUAGGCCAAGUUCAUCUGCUAUCACUAUUCUGUUGAAGUUUCUGCUCAAAGUUGGUGAUUUCGCUGGUACGUGGAAGUUGUUCAGGGACGUUGUUCGCGUAGGGUAUCAUCCUUGUAAUUACAAUAUCAACACUAUGAUUCAUGGGUUUUGUCAGAAGGGACUUGUUAGAGUUGCCGAGAGUUUGUUGCAUAUAAUGUGGAAAUUUAGGCGUGAACCAGAUGUGUAUUCGUACAACAUUUUGAUCAAUGCAUGCUGCAUGAGGGCCCAGACUUCAGAGGCACUUUGUUGGUUAGAUUUCAUGAUUCAAAAUGGUUGUAAACCAAGUAUACCUACAUUAAACACUAUUGUUAAUGCAUUCUGCAGUAAAGGAAAUGUAGAAGAAGCAAGAAAGAUAUUUGAUGGGAUUGAGCAAUUCGGUCUCUCGCCUACUGUUUCAACAUACAAUACGAUGUUAAAUGGAUAUCUGAAGGCAAAGAAAGUCACUCAGGCAAAGAUGCUUUAUGAAGAAAUGAAAAGUAAGUGCAUACCGCCAGAUGGUGUGACAUUCAAUACUUUAGUCGCUGGAUAUUAUAGGUAUGGGAGCGGAGAGGAUGUUGACCGCUUGUUGACAGAUGUAUCUGUAUCAGGGGUGCUUCCACCUUGUUCACUAUAUGAUAUCUCCAUUGCAGGGCUAUGUUGGGCAGGGCACAUGGACAAAGCAAUUCAACUCCUGAAAGAUGUUCUGGAGAAGGGAGUAUGCCUAAGUAGUGUUGCUUUUAAUUCUGUUAUUGUUGCCUGUAGCCAAUUAGGACAAGAAGAGAAUGCCUAUAAAGUCUAUAGACUCAUGCUCACUUUCGGUAUAGCCCCUUCUUCUCUGACAUGCAGUUCCUUACUUAUGGGCUUGUCCAAGAAAGGUAGAGUGCAAGAAGCAACAGAACUUUUGCAUAAAAUGAUUGACAAGGGAUUUCGUAUCAACAGAAAAGCUUUUACGAUUAUCUUGGAUGGGUGUUUCAAGAGAGGGGAUGUUGAUGGGGCUUGCAGUCUAUGGGCUGAAAUGGAAGGGAUGGGUAUGCAUGCUGAUGUUGUUACCUAUUCAGCUUUCAUUGAUGGCCUUUCGAAAGCAGGCUUGAUGGAAGAGGCAUAUAAUGUAUUCUUGGAAAUGUCAAUGAAAGGCUGCAUCCCCAAUAGUUUUACAUACAACUCCUUGAUCCUUGGGUUUUGCAACUCUGGGAAUCUAAGUCAUGCUCUGCAGUUGGAGAAAGGGAUGAGACAACAAGGCCUUCUUCCUGACACAUUUACAAUGAAUAUCAUCAUUCGCGGAUUCUGUAAAGCAGGAAACAUGAAGAUGGCGGAAGAUGCAUUUGCAGAAAUGUUUCGUUCUGGUUUAACCCCUCCUGAUAUUGUCACAUACAACACUUUGAUCAGUGGAUAUUGCAAAGCAUUUGAAACGGUUCAUGCAGAUGAGCUAGUGCAGAGAAUGUAUGCCGGGGGAUGGGAACCAGACAUCAACACGUAUAACAUCCGAAUUCAUGGGUAUUGUAAUACUCAAAAAAUGAAUCGAGCUGUGAUCCUGCUGAAUGAGUUGAUCACAAUGGGGAUUACUCCAGACACGGUAACAUACAACACCUUGAUAAGUGGAGUAUGUACAGAUGUUCUGGAUCGUGCGGUGAUCUUGAGUGCCAGACUAAUUAAAAUGGGGUUUGCGCCAAAUGCUGUCACCACCAAUAUAUUGCUGUCUCAGUUUUGCAAGCAAGGAAUGCCUGAGAGGGCCUUGAUGUGGGUCAAGCAAUUGAGUGAGAUUCCAUUUGUUCUGGAUGAAAUUUCUUAUAAGAUUAUGGGGAGAGCUUUCAGCAAUAUCCAGAAUAAGGUGGAACUUGUGCGGGGAACAUAUGAAAAGACACUCUUUCUGGAUUUCCUCAUGUAUAUCACAUAUGAUUAUUUUUGUAGAACUAGCCGUAAGGCACAGAGGACUACAGUUGAGGAUCCUCUUAAACUGACUGAACUUUCUUGUGUUGGAUAUUGAGCAUAAGGAUCAGUCUAUAGAGGAGAAAGGCAUUACAUUGCAAAAGGCGAUAGGGAAAGGAGACCAGAGUCUCACCAGUUCCUAGGCCAUGUGCAUUGUUGAAGCAACCAAAACAAGUUUACCAUGAUUCUGAUUGUUCUGCAAAGACUUCUCUUUGCAGUCUUGACAAUCAAUGCACACAACAAACUGAACCCUGUCAAGCAUGACCUUUACUUAGGAGACUGAAUUCUGUAAGGGCAAUUCAGUCUGGCUGUAUGUUACUAGGAAGGAGGCAUGUGGCAUCGCUCCUCAUCUGAUGGUAAGCAUUUAUCAAACGACAUUGUAACCAACAAUUAGUUUAGUCAUUGAUCAACUCUAUCUGAAUUCCUGAAUAUUACUAUUCUAUUUACUCUUGGUUGUUCAUUGCCAUAUCAACCUGUAGUCAUGGGUAUGCUUGGGCCUUGGGAUACUGAAACGAAAAGGCACGACCUGGAGAAGCAAUGAGCAAAAUCAGAUUCUCGGGUGCGCUGUUGCUGGAAGCCAAGAAUUUCAUUGUGGAGAAUAGUAAGUUUUAUGUUCUGUCAUUGUGAGUCAUCAGAAGCUUUAAUUGUUUAAAGUAAUUCAUGUCUUUAGGAUAUACUUCUACGCUUUGGAUAGUAUGUGAAUUCGCCUAGCAUUUGGAGAAGAAUGGAUUGCUGCUGAACUCUGCAAAUGGAAAUGGCAGCAUGGACAUUUUCAAGUUCUCCGCCCCUACCCUCGUGUAUUACCGAUCCUCCAAAGGUUGGCUUACUCUUUCUCAAACAGAAUCUUGAGCUAGCACAUGCCUUUCUAGCUAGUUCUCUCUUAAAGUGUAAACUUGGUUUGAUUGAUCUGCUGCAGUUUUAACCGCUGUCAUCAGGUCUGCCAAUGGAGAUUGCUCAGUGUGAGGUGUGACAACCAAACUUUUGAACCAGCAGCAUCCACAAGCUCCCUUCCUCAGUACAAUCACCACCGGUUAAUAUCGAUGUCAAUCCCAUGUGUAACAGUUCAAGCUUAUUACUGUACUGCAUGCCUAAAGCAUUUCAUUGCAACAUGAACAUGUCUUGAGCUAUAUGCUAUUAUUAUCAGUGUUAUCAACGAGGUCACCAUUCACCAAUUCCUAUGGCAACCAAAGAGAGCAUCUUUAGGAGUUAGGACCAUUUCAUUCGGCCCCUGCCUUUUGGUCGCUAAAAAGGUCUUUGACGGAAAUUGUUCAUGGUAAAUAUAAAUACCAAUUUUUAGUAACCAUUCUAUACAUUUUUUGUCGCAAAAUACUAUACCUAAUCAACAACACUAAUCGCUCAACCCUUGAUUGACCUUAACAAAACAACGUUAGUGAUACUUAUAGCAACAAAAUACUAUGGCUAUCAUCUAGAUUAUACCUAUCUGGCUAUCUCUUGUUAGUUCUCCAGUAACUUAACUAUUUACUCCUUCUUCGUCUCUGCAUGGAAGGUUGAAGACCUUGAAACCACACCUAUGACCCAACACUUGUGCAAGUGCAAUAAAAAAGGGUCCGAAAACCACUUGUGUAGUUGUGUUGGUCCCAAACUUUGAGUCAUCAUUGAAAGAGACUUCCCUAUGGCUGCAAUGGCACCCACCAAACUUUUGCCCAAUCGUCAUAACUCAUACGAGUCAUACCUACAACUAAAGACAAAAAUAUGUGUACAUGAAUGUCUAUGGAUUCGAAGUUUGCAUAGACCCGUCAUAUCACGUUCUAGGUCAGUGUAUGGAUCUUAACCACUUCCUUACAUGCUCAAUUGAAAGUCAACUCAUUAGUUUUAAAUUUGUACAGACCAGUCAUACCAUGUCUUUAAGACAAUGAUUAAUAUGGGGUUCGUGAGGACUUGAACACAUGAUCUCAAUAACAAAUCAGCCAUGAUACUAAAUCACGGACAAAUCGAGGACAUAGUAGACCAUUGUACCUUAUUUGAAUAUAAAAUUAGAUACCCCGGCAGGCUAGCAUUGGCCCUAAAGAGACGGAGCGAGGACUGUAAACAUGCAGAUCUCAUUUGCUAUACCAGCUCUAUACCCGGAGGAGAGCUGGGGUUUGGCCCGGGAAGGCCUCCCCUGGAUUUGCACUGUCAACAAAAUCAUAAUCCAGCUGAUCUUUAUAUUCGAAUUGUUGUUAGAAGAUAUCCAUAUAUAAAUUUUAAUCAAUUCCUUACGAUAUCGAGUAUGUAUACAAGGCGAUCGGUAGUGGUGGUGUGGUUAUAGUGAAAAAGAGUAAUAAAUUGGGUGAAAGCUCCCUAUCACCAACACCAAAUCGCAUGAAAACAAAGAGAGACCAUUGAA